AUGGUGAUUGCUGGUGCUGACGAGCCGUCGCCAGAGCUCGCUGCCUCCUGGUCGGCUGUGGUCGCCAAGCCCCCGUCGGAACCUGAAGAGGCGACCAUGGCGAUGAAGCCCCCUCGCCCUCCAGCUCCGAAGCUCGCUCUGCGCUUGUUGCGGCUCCCCCCCUUCCAGGCUGCUGCUCCUGCUCCGCCGGCUGAUUCUGCUGCACCACCGGGACCUGCGCUUGCUGGCGCGGUUGCUGAUCCCCCGAUUCCCGUCUCUGGCGCGCACGUUGCGCCGUCCGUUUCUGCCCCCGCCGAGCCUGCUCCGGAGUCUGCUUUGCCGCCAAAGGCGGAGUCCGCCACCACUGGCGCCCCGGCUCCGUUGGUUUCGCCCGCUGUGGCGCCAGCUGGUGCGCCGGCGGCCCCGGCAGCUCAGCCGCCGCGCCCCCCGUCACCUGACCGUCGACUGUCUCGGCCCCAUUCCCCCGCGCCCCAGCAGGAGCGUAGGUCGUCUCGCCGCCGGCGUGACUCACCGCGGCGUUACCAGCAGCAGGCGCACUGGCCUGCGCACCCUGGCGGCCAGGGGGACUGGAGGGGUCCCCGCGGGCGCGGCGGUGGUGGGGGGUAUCGUCCGCCUGUGACGAUGGCGGAUCUUCAGCGGGAAGUGUCGAGGGCUGUUCGUGAGGAGAGGGCAGCGCAGAGCCAGAGUAGUUCGCUGCGCGCAUCGCCGGCCCGCGAGGCCCCUCGUUCGGCUGCGCUCCUCCUGAAUCCGCAGCCGGUUGCUGCGCCUCCCCCUCAGAUCCAAGCGCCGCCAGCUCCUUCUCCCGCGGUAACGGCACCUGCUCCUGGCUCUCGUCUCCAUCUGCCGCCUGUUCCGCCCGUUGCGGGAGUGGAAUUUGUAGCCGCGGGUGGCGGUUCGUUGGUGGCACCGUUUGCUCUCCCAGUUGGUGCAGAGGAGCCGUUCCAGUUCCUGGCGGAGGCCCUCCAGCCUCCGCAGACACGUGUUCCCGAGGCGACCCUCGGACAGCUCCACCGCCUUGCUGACAGUCUCCACGCGCUGUUGCUGAUUCUGGUGCUGGCCCACUCGUCUCUCCCUGUGAUCCCUCCUGAGACCUUCCGUGCUCGCCAACGUGACCCUUGCCUGGACGCGGCGGACCAGCUCGCGGUGCUGCUGGCGCCCGUGUUGGUUGCGCCCGCGGAGGGUGGCGCUGCUGCUGCGGGACAGCUUGACGAAGCCGUCCGGGGCUUGAGGAGGCACCUGCGCGCAGGAUCUGGAGCCGCGGCGAUCGGCGCAAGCACGCUAGUGGUCCGGGAGCUGUGGCGCUCCCUGACGGGCAUUCUUCACGCCCUCGGAGCUCACCGCAUGUAG